UUCUGUGUUUGACUUCCGAGCGCGUUGGUGGUUUGUCGAGAAUUUUCGAGGAUAUAAUCAUGAUAGCCAAGUUGAGGAAUGUGAUAUUGCUGCUACUAAUGGCAACAAUAGCAGCUGCAGAAGAAUUUUCAUUGAUUACGAAUUCAAGUGAUGCAUUGAAUGAUACAACGCUAGUUGUCGAAGACUAUGUGCCAUAUCCGGAUAUUUUGACUGGCGUUUGCUGCAUUUUGAUGAUGUUAAUUGUUCUUUAUUUGCAUAUAAGAAUACCUACAAUACGUUCAAUUUUCAAGUGCUCUCUACCAAGUUUUCUCGUAGGAAUGAUUUCACUCUACUCUAGUUUAUUGAUUCUGUACUCGACGGAUACUUUGAAUUCAUGUUCCAUUAUUGGAUACAUGAUUGGAUUUUCAAUAAUUGUGAGCGUUUAUUGGUUUUCCGUUAUGUGCUAUGAAAGCCAUGCUGCAUUUAGUGGCCGGAAAUUGAGUGUUAUCAGGUGUUGCUUGUACGGUUGGGGAAUUCUUGGAGCAUAUUUGGUAAUCUGUUUGGCUUUGAGUAACUUGAUUGAAGAUGUUAGAUUUAAACCACCAUUCGCUGUAUGGAUUUGUUCCUUUGGUGAGUUAAUAAGAAUCUUUUUAUUUCAGUUUUGUUUAAUUUAAAUUUUUAUGUUUCAGGCAACGACACCGCAAUGCUACUGUACUACGUCCUCCCGCUGUCAUUCCUGAUGCUGGCCAGUUUCUGCAUGCUGGUGAAGACUAAGCUGCGAAUCAACCAGUUUGCCAGCCAGCCCGAGGAUACCAUUCGAACCGACACCAAGCUCGAUCGCGAGCGGUUCUUCCUGACGGUGUUGAUUUCCGUCGUGUUGGCACUUUCUUUCGCGCUGAACGUACUUUCGUGGGCUUUCCCAGACAACCACGUGUUGUACUUCCUGUCCAGCGUCUCGUUCUAUGUCGUGGGGGUGGUCAUCUUUUUCCUGUUUAUCUGCAAUCGCCACGUUGAUCAGUGGUGCGGCAGAUCUCGUUGAUAAAGAUUUAGUAGAAAAAAAGUAUGAGGAGACCAAUAAACUGAUGAUCAAUUGA